CCGCGUAGCGCGACAAAUUUUACUAGUUUUUUAAAUUUGUUGAAAAGUCAAUGACGGUAAAAUUAAAAGAAACAACUCCAAAUUUAAAAGACUGUUUUAACCCAAUCUAAACUUCUAACGAACUGAAGUUGGUCUAAGUCAGCACAGUUUCUCUAUAUAUACAUAUGCAUACAGCUCUCAUGAUAUGUGAGCAACUUAACUAUACAAAUGGAUCUAUUCAGUCAGAAAGUCAAACGAUCAGACCUCGAGAAAGGAGACCAUGUCUAUACUUGGAGGAAGAACAUAUACACUCACCAUGGAAUCUACAUUGGAGAAGGCAAACUUAUUCAUCUGGUAAACCCAAAAGCAGAUGGAACUCUUCAUUUUUCAGCUACUUCCAGGAUAAGCUCAAGUGGAGGAACUCCUUGCCCGACAUCGAAUUGUGGGUCAGAAAAAGUAGCAGGCAGUGGAGUAAGAGUGUCUUGCAUAGAUUGCUUCAAAAAAAAGGGCAAACUAUACAGAUUCAAAUACGAAGCAAGUCGCGAGUUCCUUGUUGCCAAACUUAGAGGCGGAACUUGCACCACCGCAAGAUCAGAUCCACCAGAAGAGGUUAUACACCGGGCCACUUAUCUGUAUGAAAAUGGGUAUCUAGAGUAUGAUUUGAUGAACAACAACUGUGAAGAUUUUGCACUUUACUGUAAAACUGGUCUAUGGAGCAACGAUAUAGGUUACCAAGGAAGGAGCAGCCAAGCAAAUAUGGUUCAUCCAACUAAAAAAGAGGAUAGAACUGAAAAUCGUAUGCAACGGUUCGCAACUGCUAUUCCAAGAUCUUGUUCGAAAAGAGAAAAUAAAGAUUUGGGCGUUCAAGAGGAUGUUGUCAAAGUGCCUGUGGAGGAGUUAUCCUCUUUUCUUUUCGCUCUUAGUUUUACAUGAUUAUUGUGAUCUUUCAUUUCUGAGUUCUGGAUGGGUUCCAUUUCAGGUGGUAGUUAAUUAAGAGCUUUCACCUAUGAUUGUAUUGUGUGUUUUAUGAAUUAAUUAAGUUGAAUAUGUGAUUUCAUUACUAAUGAUGUAUAGAUGGAUAAAUAGUGAAAAUAAAAAUAUGGGUUUUCACUAA